AUGGCGCGGACCCGCCGCGACGUCCUCUUCUUCCUCCUCCUCCUCCUCUUCUUCUGCAGCUCCGCGGCGGCCGGACCUACGUUCCUUGUGGCAGCUCCCUGGAACAUCCGGCCUGGAGCAAACUUGACUGUUGGGGUAGCUCUGCUGCCGGACAGCCCAGCACAGGUCACCGUAAAAGGAGAAGUGAUCAGAGAUAACGAGACCAUCCUGAGCAGGGAAGUGGUCUUUGAGAAAGGUACCUUUGGGACUCUUGUUCUUCCAGCACUGCCUCUGAACAGUGCUUCUGGGAAUUAUGAAUUACUGGUGGAGGGCCGUGCUGAUGGCCGGCACAUCUUCUCUAACCGUACCAGCCUGAUGUACAUGUCAAAGAGCACCUCUGUGUUCAUCCAGACUGAUAAAUCCAUGUAUAAGCCAGGACAGGAUGUGCUCUUCAGGAUUGUCACUGUCUAUCCUGAUCUCAAACCUUACCAAGUGUCUCUGAAUAUAUAUAUCCGAGACCCUCGGAAGAAAUUGAUUCAGCAGUGGUUGAUGGAGGAAGGUGAUUUGGGUGUGGUUUCCAAAAAAUUUCAGUUAUCAAUGAACCCUCCACUAGGAGACUGGUCAAUAGAGGUGGAAGUGAACGGUCAAGUUCAUUAUCAAAGAUUUAAAGUGAUGGAAUAUGUUUUACCAAAAUUUGAUGUCCUGAUAACAACACCCUUAUACUACUCUUUGAGAGAUGAAGAUGUAACUGGUGUUGUCUCUGCAAAGUACACAUAUGGAAAGCCAGUAAAGGGAACUGUAACAAUCACUUGCCUUUCUGUUUCUUACUGGACAAACAAGAGAAAUAUAACAACAACAAUGGAGAUAAAUGGAUCUGUGAAUGUAACCUGUAACAAGCUGAUGUUGCAAAACCUGAAUGUUGAGCAGUCAUGGCACCAAGGUGGCAGCGAUUACACAGAGCCGAUAGAAAUGAUCGCGGUGGUGACGGAGUCACUCACAGGAAUCUCCCAAAAUUCAAGUACCAUCAUAUUUCCAAAGCAAAGUGACUAUUUUAUUGAAUUUCUGGACUACACUAGAGUUAUAAAACCUUCUCUGAACUUCAUAGCUACUCUAAAGGUGUCACGUUCUGAUAGCAACCAGCUGACAGCUGAAGAGAGGCAGAAUCUUGUAACAAUCACUGCACAGGAGUCAGACCUGCUUUUCCAUCACUCUUCACUUUCUCACCUGGAAAAUGAGGCAACAGAGGAGAGAAAUCUGACAGUCCAUGUCCUGAACUACACAGUUCCAGAAAAUGGAGUAAUUGAUGUUGAGUUUCCAAUCCUGUCUGAUACAAAAACUCUGAGAGUUCAGGCAGAGUUCCUCAGCAGUAAGACUGACAUAGGUGUUUAUGAUGUGUUCAGCUCCCCCAGUCAGACUUAUCUGCAGGUUAAAACAAAGAGCCAGGAUAUAAAGGCUGGGAAGCCUUUUGAGCUGAGCGUUGCAAGCAACAAGCCAGUGAGAGAGUAUCACUAUCUGGUAUUAUCUAAAGAACAAAUUAUGGCUUUUGGCACAAAAUCUACAAAAACAUUCACUUUAACAGCAGAAAAUUCCUGGGCUCCUUUGAUAGCUAUACUUGUAUUCUAUGUAGAUGAGCUUGGAGUGGUUGUAAAUGAUGCUCUCACUGUCCCCAUCCAGCCUGCUUUGGAUGACAAGAUUAAAAUCUCUUGGAGCAAAGAUAAGGCCAAGCCAUCUGAGAAGGUCUCCCUUAAAAUCAGUACAACAGAGCCAGGAUCAGUAAUUGGAAUCUCAGUUGUUGAUAAAAGUGCAAAGCUUCUGGGAGAAAGUAGUGACAUAACAGAAGAAUCUGUCCUCCAUGAGCUCUCUUUAUACAGCACAGUGCAGUAUUUCCCCCUGGUCAGAGGUUCUUUUGGUGUAUUUCAGAAAUGCAGCCUUUGGGUAUCAACUGAUGCAGUUCUUGAGGAGGAUAAGGAACAUUUUCUUUAUGGUGGAAUGAUACCUAUAGAGGAUGGUUUCGGGGAUGAUAUGCCUGUAUCUAAAAAUGGGCCUCCUGAUUUCAGCAAUCUCUAUGUGAGAACACAUUUUCCAGAGACUUGGCUUUGGAUUGACACUAAAAUGAGAUCUGGCCCAGAAACCACAAUGGAUGCCAUUGUACCUGACACCAUCACGUCCUGGGUAGCCAGUGCUUUUGUGGUCUCUGAAAGCGGCGGGCUCGGAGUGACGACUGCUCCGCUGGAGCUAGAAGUUUUUCAGCCUUUUUUCAUUUUCCUGAACCUUCCAUAUUCUGUCAUCAGAGGAGAGCAGUUCAUUUUGGAAGUGAACAUCUUUAACUAUUUGAAAGAAGAAGCUGAGGUUACUGUGAUCCUGGAUAUGAAUGAUGCUUUUGAAAUUAUUCUAACAUCCAAUGAAAUAAAUGCUACAACAAAUCAACAAUCUGUAUCUGUACCGAGUGAAGAUGGGAAAACUGUUCAAUUCCCAAUCAAGCCAAAACAACUGGGAGAGAUUCCCAUCAAAGUGACAGCAAUAUCAUCUGCUGCUUCUGAUGCUGUUAUCCAGAAAGUUAUAGUCAAGGCUGAAGGAUUGGAACAGACAUAUUCUCAGACAGUCCUUUUGGAUUUGACUGGGAAUAAACGACAAGCAGUGUCAAAAACUUUGGAAUUCACUUUUCCUUCUGAUGUUGUAAGUGACAGUGAGAGAGUGCAGGUCACUGCUGUUGGUGAUCUACUGGGGCCUUCUAUCAAUGGUUUGUCAUCAUUGAUUAAGAUGCCUUAUGGCUGUGGUGAACAGAAUAUGAUCAAUUUUGCUCCCAAUGUUUAUAUUUUGCAAUACUUGACUAAAACCAGACAGCUGAGAGACGAUAUUAAAUCAAAAGCAGUAACAUUUAUGAGAAAAGGCUACCAAAGAGAGCUGCUUUUCCAGAGGGAUGAUGGCUCUUUUAGUGCCUUUGGAAAUGAAGAUCCCUCUGGGAGCACAUGGUUAUCAGCUUUUGUAUUGAGAUGUUUCCUUCAAGCCCGUCCAUUCAUAGAUAUUGAUGAAGAGGUGCUCAUGGAUACAGCUAAAUGGAUUGUCCGUCAUCAGAAAAUAAAUGGAGAGUUCCAGGAGCCUGGGAAAGUGUUACACAGUGAUCUUCAAGGAGGCACCAACAAUCCAAUUACUCUCACAGCUUACAUCAUGUCAUCUCUCCUAGGGUUCCCAGAUAAACAGCAUGCUUAUGCCAUCAAGACUGCUACAAACUUUCUAGAAGAUAAAUUAGAAGAAGGCAUUUCAGAUAAUUACACAUUGGCAGUUGUGACAUACGCAUUGUCCUGGGCAAAAAGUCCAAGAGCAAAGGAAGCACUGAAUAUGCUGAACCAGAGAGCAGAACGCCAAGGAGAAUUUCGUUUUUGGGUAACACCUGCUUCUGAAAUUUCUGACUCAUGGCAACCACGAUCCAUUGAUAUUGAACUUGCAGCAUACGCUCUGCUCUCUCACUUUCAUCAAGACAGAUUAGCUGAAGGGAUCCCUAUUAUGAAAUGGUUAAGUCAUCAAAGAAAUCACCUUGGGGGAUUUUCAUCUACUCAGGACACAGUGGUGGCUCUACAAGCCUUGAGUCUGUUUGCAGCUCUCACUGUGGCAAGCAAAACAGAAAUGGAUAUAACAGUGACAGCCCCUUCUUUGGAAAUGCCAGAGACAUUCUCAAUUGAUAAUCGAAACCGUUUCCUGCUUCAGACUAAGGAGAUUCCCCCUGCACAACAAAUGACAAUGACAGUGUCAGCGGAGGGAGUGGGAUUUGCUGUCUUUCAGCUGAAUGUGAUGUACAACACAAAGCACACCGAUCAGAGGCUCAGAUCUGUCCAAAAUCAAGAAGCCUUUGACUUGAAUGUUGAUGUAAAAGAUGAUAAAGAUGAUACAAACCACUUGACUUUGAAUGUGUGCACAAGGUACUUUGGUUCUGGCUCGGCUCCCAGUAGUGGCAUGGUCCUCAUGGAGGUUGGCUUACUCAGUGGUUUCUCUGUGUCACCAGAUUUUGUUCCAUUAGACAAUACAAUUAAGAAGACGGAAAAGGAUAAUGGAAAAGUCAACCUAUACUUUGACUCUCUAAAUGAAACACAGGUUUGUGUGGAUAUUCCAGCUGUGAGAGACUUCAAGGUGGCAAAUAUCCAAGAUGCUUCCGUGACUGUACUGGAUUACUAUGAACCUAGAAGAAGAGCAGUGAGAAGCUAUAAUUCAGAAGUAAUGCAAAGUAUAACCUCUUGUGACUUCUGUGAAAGUGAUUGUCACCUUUGCCACCGAGAUGGUUCUGCAGCCUUGCUUCAGCACUCUUCAUUGGCCUCCUUGUUCUGUGCACUCUUUGUCCUUCAUGUAAACUUGCUGUGCAGUUGGGUGCUGUAAAAGGAAACAGAUUAUGUUGCACAUCUAAGGUUUCCAUAAAUUAUCCAAAGAAAAUUUUAUGUUCAGAU